AUGCCCAAAGUUAUUGCUAUUUAUUUCUCUGUAGUAGAGUUUCGUGCACUAAGAAUUUAUCCCAUUGCAGGCAGCAUGCUACAUUCUUUGCUUCAUUGGUGUACUCACUGCUCAUAUUCAACCCCACGCAGAUCUGAUUUACGCAGGCACUUCCUUAUUCAUUCUGGAGAGCGUCCCUACCAGUGCAAGUGCUGUCCAAAGUCUUUCAAGCUGAAAAGCCAUCUGCAGCAGCAUUUACUUAGUCAUAGUGGUGAACGACGUUUCAAGUGUGCGGUGUGCAACAAAAGUUUCACUCGUAAAGAAGGUUUGCAGUACCAUGUCGCUACACAUAAUCAUUGUGCUAAUGAUUCUAAACAUGGAAAGUUCUCACAACCUUCUCUUCAUUUUUCCUCUCUGUGUCCUCGUGCAACUACACAUCAACCAGAUCUGUGCAAGCAGUUGCCAACCCACUCUAAGGAGCGUCCUCAUCAAUGGAGCCCCUCACAAGCUUUAGUUCUUCAUUUGUGCCCAGAGUGCUCGUAUUCUACUCCAUUUAAAUCAAAACUUCGGAGACACUUUCUCCUUCACUCCAAGGAGCGGCCUUAUAGAUGCGAUUCCUGUCCAAAAUCUUUCAAGUUGCGUCAUCACCUUACUCAGCACGUGUUGAUUCAUACCGGAGAACGUGAAACAUCCUUCCAUAAUUUGCUCUCUCCCGUUGUGUUUCAUGAGUGUCCAAAUUGUACUUAUUCCACCCCACAUAAAACUAACUUGUGUAACCACAUGAGGACUCACACUGGAGAACAUCCAUACUCCUGCUACGUUUGCAAGAAAAGAUUCAAGCAAAAGGCUCACCUUCAACAACAUAUGCUUUCUCACAGUGGUCAACGACCUUUCAAAUGCAAUGUUUGUGGAGGAGAAGAGUUUUAUUAUUCUGGAGCUCAUGUAUGUCCUGAAUGCCCAUUUUCCACUCCUCAUCCUAAUGAACUAUUGACUCAUUUGAAAACUCAUACAGUGACUCGACCUUAUUCAUGCAAUAUCUGUCAGAAAAGUUUCACUUUUAAAAGUGCUUUGAAAAGACAUAUGCAGUUACACAGUGGAUCAAAUGUGUUUCCUCCCCUGACUGUUCAUCUUUUUCCGGAUGGUGACUAUUCUACUCCACACAAAGUUAAUCCAUCAAGACACAUGGGGACCCACACUGGAGAGCGCCCAUUCAGUUGCUGUGUCUGUUUUAAGAGUUUUACAAGGAAAGAAAGUCUAAAGACCCACAUGAAAGGCCACACUGGGGAACGCCCAUUCAGUUGCGGCCUGUGUUCAAAGAGUUUCACUCAGAAAUCUCAUCUAAGGACCCACAUGAAAGGCCACACUGGGGAACGGCCAUUCAUAUGCAGUGUGUGUUCAAAGCGAUUUAAACAGAAAGCUCAUCUGAAGGGCCACAUGAUCAGCCAUAGUGGAGAACGACCUUUCAAGUGCCAUCACUGCAACAAAGGCUUUACUGACAAGAGAAACCUUAGCCAUCACAUUAAAACUCAAGCAUUUAAAUUUCCCCAUGUAGGAUUAAGUGUGUUUCCUCCCCUGCCUGUUUAUGCAUGUCCUGAUGUGAAACUUACCAAAGAACGCCCAUACGUUUGCAGUUUGUGUUCAAAAAGUUUCAUUCAAAAUGGUCAUUUGGAAAACCACAUGCGAGUACAUACUGGAGAGCGCCCAUUCAGUUGCAGUGUGUGUUCUAAGAGUUUUUCUCGGAAGUUUGAUCUGCAAAGACACAUGAAAAGCCACAGUGGAGAACGACCAUUCAGUUGCAGUGUGUGUUCAAAGAGUUUCAAUCAAAAAGAUAAUAUGGAGAAACACGUGAAAAGGCACACUGGAGAACGCCCAUUCAGUUGCAGUGUGUGUUCAAAGUGUUUCAAUCAAAAAGGUAAUCUGGAGAGACACAUGAAAACCCACAGUGGAGAACGACCUUUCAAGUGCCAUCACUGCAACAGAGACUUUGCUGACAAGAGAAUCAACUUAUGCAGACACAUGCGGACCCACACUGGAGAACGGCCAUUCAGUUGCAGUCUAUGUUCCAAACGUUUCAAUCAAAAAACUCAUCUACAGGGACACAUGAAAAGCCAUAGUGGAGAACGACCUUUCAAAUGCCAGCAUUGCAACAAAGGCUUUACUGAAAAGAGAGGCCUUCACCAGCACAUUAUUACUCGAACUUGUGUAAAGCGUGUGUGAAAUCAUUUUGGAUUGCGACUCUUUCCAGUUUUCUUUUGUUUCAAAGAGUAAAGAAAGUUUUUUUUCAGC